GUACUUCACAUAUCUGUUGUUUCGGUGUUGCACCAUUCCUAGAACGCCUGAGAAUAUAUAGUCGUCUUCCUAAACGAUUUGUUUUACGGUUUGUCUUUUGUAAAGGUCAGAUUUUCUGGUUUUAUCGAUAAUUUACGAGAAAUGCACCCGCAGAGUUCUGCUGGGCGUCCAAAAGGGAAGUGUAAAGGAGUAAUUGUUUCGACAAAGAAAGACAACAUGGCGGCUGAAGUUCCCAUCGCCAACCGCCACGUGGAAAGGCCGAUUACUGGCGGCUACGCUUUCUGUGCGUCGCCUCUGUACGAAUCCAAGCCUCGUCUUUGACACUGGGGCUUUUGACCUUGCCUCCCCAAAAACUAAGGAUGAUCUUCUCAGGACUUCAGUUCUAGAUGAAGGUGACAGCCUCUGGUCUGUUGGUCCUGUUCCAGAUUGGAACAAGGCAAAUCCUGGAGAACUUUUCUUUGACCAAGUAGCUGAACUUGAGAAGCUCAUUCCAGGGGAGAGAAGCAAGGGACACUGUUUGGAGGAGUCUUGGAUGGCAAAUGUGGAAUUUCUCAAGAGUGAAGAGAUCAUCAACAACUGGGCUGGUCCAGAAGAAAAACUUGAUGGAAUCAACCAAGCUGAUAACAUAUGUGCUGGAGCUCAGAAUGUUGGCUUGGAUAUUUGUGGAGGAAGGAAGGUGGGAAGUAUAGAUUUCAUUAUGAUUGAGCAACAAACACAAGAACAUGGGCUGAAUGGGGAGGCAACAGAAGCAGCACUGUUUGAUGUUACUCAAGAUUCUCCUUCAUCAGUUGGAAGUUCUUGCAGUGAUGAAGUUUCAGACAAGAGACUAAGGAACAACAAGGCUUCCAGAAAGUUUCGUCGUGCAAGAAAGGAAAGAAAUCAUUCGUUGUUUGCAAGAGCAUCAAAGUUGGAGCAGGAAAACCAGGCCCUGAAGCUUCAAGUUAAUCAGAUGCUUCAGGAAGUAAUUUCUUUGAGGUCCAUGUUCUCAAAUAAUACUUUUCCUGGUCAAGUUUGACUUUUUUCAAUUAAGAUUUCAUUUCGUAAUUUUUUUUUUAUGAAUGCUAACAAUUGUGUGGUAAAGGUUUCUUAGGUAAUCACUUACUUUAUAGUAGUCUUGGUUAAUUACUGUUCCAAGAAACUUAUAUUUCAAGUAUGUUAUGACCACAAGUGUUCAAUUGAAAGAGUGAUCCUGACUUUAUAGAUUGUUUGUUUGAUUACUUUUAAUGUCAUUGGUACUGUUAAAAUCUAAAGCAGUGUAAUUUUCUGAUGUUGGGUUAAAAUACAUAUAUCCUCUUUAGAACUCACAGACUAUUCUAAAGUAUAUUCUCUUUUAGAUAGUUUUUUUUUCUUUUGUAAGAGUUAGUGUGUUGCAUGUAUGCUGUUAUUGUGCAAUGCAAAUGUAGUUUCCAUGAUCAUUUCAUCUGUACGCAUAAUUUUAAAGGAGUCAAAGGACUGUUUCUUAUUUACAAGUAUAAAUUUGGUGUUCCAAUGACUAUAUGAUGUAAUGUAGACAUAAAUAUUGUUAUUUAAGUGAUAGAAUUUGUUCACUAUUAAAAUUUUUAUUCAUGUCGUUAAA